AUGGACGUGUUACUAGAGAAACCAAUUAAAACUGAGCCCCUUGAAUAUUCCAUAGAAGAAAUUGAAGAUGACGAAAUUUCUGUCAAACAAGAACUAAAUGAUAAUGAUGAAACAUUUCCCGAACAAUCUACACAACCUGCAUCCACAAUCAAACAAGAACCAACCGAGAAUCAUUUACCAAAACCUUUUACAUGUGACAUUUGUCACAAAGUAUUCGCAAAACUAAAAAACCUCAAAAUCCACGAAGUCAUUCACAGUGGUCUCAAAAAUUUCAAAUGCACAAUCUGCGACAAAGCAUUUUCCCAAUCUGCAAACCUAACAGUCCACCUCAGGAUCCACAGAGGCGACAAGCGUUUAUGUAUGCAAAACCUGCAACCAAAGGCUUCACCCUCCGAGCAACCUUAA